AGAAAUAAAAGUAAAAACAAAAUCCUAAAAUCUCUCUACUCCUCUCAAUUCAAAAAAAGCCCUCUUUCUCUCAAUUUUAAAUUCAAUUCAGAAAAUCGAAAAACUCUCUCAUUUCAUUCAGAUCUCAAAAAACUUAUUUCCGAGCACAGAGAAAAAAAAUCUAAACAUGACGGUGGCACCGACGGCGCGUGAGGAGAACGUAUACAUGGCAAAGCUGGCGGAGCAGGCCGAGAGGUAUGAAGAGAUGGUUGAAUUCAUGGAGAAGGUCUCCAACUCCCUUGGCUCGGAAGAACUAACCGUGGAGGAGAGAAACCUUCUCUCCGUCGCGUAUAAGAAUGUGAUCGGAGCGCGUAGGGCAUCGUGGCGUAUCAUUUCAUCGAUCGAGCAAAAGGAAGAGUCUAGAGGAAAUGAGGAACAUGUUAACUCUAUCCGCGAGUACAGAUCUAAGAUUGAGAAUGAGCUCUCUAAGAUCUGUGAUGGCAUUCUCAAAUUGCUUGAUUCUAAGCUUAUUCCUUCUGCAACAUCUGGUGAUUCUAAGGUUUUUUACCUGAAAAUGAAAGGAGAUUACCACCGCUAUUUGGCUGAGUUCAAGACCGGUGCUGAACGUAAGGAAGCUGCUGAGAGUACUCUCACUGCCUACAAAGCUGCUCAGGAUAUCGCAUCUGCUGAACUUGCCCCAACACAUCCCAUCCGACUUGGCCUGGCUCUUAACUUCUCUGUGUUUUAUUAUGAGAUCUUGAACUCUCCCGACCGUGCUUGCAAUCUUGCCAAACAGGCCUUUGAUGAAGCAAUUGCUGAGUUGGACACUUUGGGAGAGGAGUCUUACAAGGAUAGCACUUUGAUCAUGCAACUUCUUCGUGACAAUCUCACUCUCUGGACCUCUGAUAUGCAGGAUGAUGGGGCUGAUGAAAUCAAGGAAGAUCCCAAACCUGAAGAAAAAAUUUGAGGGGAAUUGAAACCCUCUAAUUUGCUUUUCACUUCUCCCCCAGUUGUUUUAAUUGGGAGAAGCUGAUUAUCAUAAUUUCCUUGCUAUUAUUAUGAUUUUCCAUUAAGAGGUUCUCUUCUUAUUGGCAACAAACAACUUUUAUAUUGAUGUUUUAAAAGUUCCAUCUUUUAAUUUAAUGUGGUUCUUGAGGUUAA